GCUAAAACACUAACCUUAUCUGCUCAUCUCUACUCUAUCGCUCUCUCUCCCCCUCUAUUCCAUUCGCUUUUGUUUUUUCCCUUCAACGCCAGCUCUUGCUUAAGAUCAGUGAGCUGAGCAUAGUCAGUAGCACAAGCAGUACAUACAUUCCAAAUGGCAGCCAUUCUCUCCUGCCACUACUUUUCCUCCUCACCCACAACCCCAAAAAUCUUGACCCUUCCCAUCACAACCACCAAUCGUAUACGUAGCUUCCCUUACUCACUCAACCACUCCUCAUCCCGCCGUUUGACUACUCGGUGUUCUUCUCAAAACCCACCUCAGUCUCGGAUCCAAACUGAACAGAGAAAGAAGUCAUUCUCCUUGAAGGAGUGUGCAAUUUCGGUAGCUUUGGCGUUUGGCCUAGUUACAGGAGUUCCUGCAUUGGAUGUUUAUAACAAUGCCAAUGCUGCUAACCAAGUAGUGCCUGAUAUGGCUGUGUUGAUCUCUGGACCACCAAUAAAGGACCCGGGGGCAUUGUUGAGAUAUGCUCUUCCUAUUAACAAUAAAGCAAUCAGGGAAGUGCAGAAACCACUUGAAGAUAUCACAGAGAGUCUUAAGGUUGCUGGGGUCAAAGCACUUGAUUCUGUUGAGAGGAAUUUGAGGCAGGCUUCUAGAUCCCUCAAGCAAGGGAAGACUUUGAUUGUAUCAGGUUUAGCUGAAUCAAAGAAAGAACAUGGAGUUGAACUUCUAGGUAAGUUAGAAGUUGGAAUGGAUGAGCUUCAGCAGAUUGUGGAGAGCAGGACUAGGGAUGCAGUUGCACCAAAACAAAAAGAGCUACUUCAAUAUGUUGGAGGUGUUGAAGAGGACAUGGUAGAUGGCUUCCCUUAUGAAGUGCCUGAAGAGUACCAAAACAUGCCAUUGUUGAAAGGGAGAGCAACUGUGGAUAUGAAGGUCAAGGUUAAGGAAAAUCCUAACCUAGAUGAGUGUGUAUUCCGCAUAGUUCUAGACGGUUAUAAUGCACCUGUAACUGCUGGGAAUUUUUUAGACCUGGUGGAAAGACACUUCUACGAUGGCAUGGAAAUCCAAAGAGCUGAUGGCUUUGUGGUUCAGACUGGGGAUCCAGAGGGUCCUGCUGAGGGUUUUAUUGAUCCCAGUACAGAGAAGACCAGGAUAAUACCAUUAGAAAUUAUGGUAGAAGGGGAGAAAGUACCUGUCUAUGGAUCAACUCUGGAAGAACUUGGUCUAUACAAGGCUCAAACAAAGCUUCCAUUUAAUGCAUUUGGAACAAUGGCCAUGGCCAGAGAUGAAUUUGAGAACAAUUCUGCAUCUAGCCAGGUGUUUUGGCUACUAAAAGAGAGCGAACUAACUCCGAGUAAUGCCAACAUUUUGGACGGUCGGUAUUCAGUGUUUGGUUAUGUGACAAACAACGAAGAUUUUUUAGCAGAUCUCAAGGUCGGCGACGUUAUAGAAUCGAUUGAAGUAGUGUCCGGCUUAGAUAAUCUUGCCAAUCCUAGUUACAAGAUUGCUGGCUAGAUAGCUUUCUCAUGUUUUUUGGUGAACAUUACAUCUACAUAGGAGAGUUUAAUUUGCCAAGCCAAGCUUCUUGCUUUUACGCCUUACAACAUCUAAAGUCUGUAUCUUUAGCAUUUGAGAGAACUGACAUUUCAUUGGAAAUAUGUAUUCUUUUCUUUGUUUCUUUCUUUUUCUACCCUGAAAUAUCACUCAUUUGCCAUUA